AACCGCCAGAUAUCCCCACAAAAACCUUGUAUCAACUAUACCAAACUCAUCGUGGAUCUCUUUCUAAUCUAUAUCAAAUCCAUUUCAGUUCGUUAAGCACGUACCCUCAUUUUCCCAUCAUGGCAAUCGAAAAGUUCGCAAUAUUGCUAAUCUUUCUCGUUUUGAUCCCUCUCUCCGUUUUCGGUUAUAGCCAAAGCGAGAUCAAGUCAUGGUGCGCUCAGACGCCGCAUCCUAAGCCAUGUGAAUACUACCUUAGCCAUAACCCUAAGGGCACCCCCAUCACGGGGAAGUCUGACUUCCUAAAGCUAUCAUUGCAUCUGGCGCUAGAGCGGGCUGAAAAUGCCCGCUCCAAUACUUACUCGCUGGGUCCCAAAUGCCAGAAUGAGAAGGAGAAGGUGGCCUGGGGCGACUGCCUCAAGCUGUAUGAGUACACUGUCAGCCGCCUAAACCACACUGCCAACCCUGACACGAAGUGCACCCGAGAGGAUGCUCAGACUUGGCUCAGCACUGCCCUGACCAACCUAGAGACCUGCCGGGCAGGGUUUGUUGAGCUGGGUGUACCUGGCAACGUCCUCCCCCUCAUGUCGAACAACGUUUCCGACCUGAUCAGCAACACGUUGGCCAUAAAUGAUGUGCCCUAUAGUCCUCCUAGCACCAGCAAAGGUUUCCCGACGUGGGUUAAGCCUGGAGAUAGGAAGCUCUUGCAAUCCUCCUCUCCAGCCUCCCAGGCAAACAUAGUGGUGGCUCAGGAUGGCUCCGGGGACUACAAGACAAUCAAUGAGGCUGUAACCGCUGCAUCAAAGCGGUCGGGGACAAGCAGGUACAUCAUUUACAUUAAGGCAGGUACAUACGAGGAGAACGUCGAGGUCAGCUUGACGAACAUCAUGUUUGUUGGCGACGGCAUUGGGAAGACAAUAGUUACCGGAAGCAAGAGCGUCGGAAGAGGCUCUACCACCUUCAAUUCAGCUACUGUCGCUGUCGUUGGAGAUGGAUUCAUCGCCCGUGAUAUGACGUUCCGUAAUACCGCUGGGGCAGCAAACCACCAAGCUGUCGCUCUCCGAUCUGGUUCCGAUCUCUCUGUUUUUUACAGAUGCAGCUUCGAGGGUUACCAAGACACACUCUACGUGCAUUCUGAGAGGCAGUUCUACAGAGAAUGCGACAUCUACGGGACCGUAGACUUCAUCUUUGGAAAUGCAGCGGUCGUCUUCCAAAACUGCAACAUCUAUGCCCGCAAUCCUCCAAACAAGACCAACACUAUCACUGCUCAAGGCAGGACUGACCCCAACCAGAACACCGGCAUCUCAAUCCACAACUGCAGAGUCACGGCAGCUUCAGACCUCAAGUCGGUGCAGAGCUCCGUCAAGACCUACCUUGGGAGGCCGUGGCAGGAGUAUUCAAGGACAGUGUUCAUGAAGACUAAUCUCGAUAGUCUGAUCAAUCCUGCUGGGUGGCUGGAGUGGGAUGGGGACUUCGCCCUCACGACGCUAUACUACGGUGAGUACAUGAACACUGGUCCUGGAUCAUCAACGGCCAAUAGAGUCAACUGGGCCGGUUUCCACGUUAUCACCAGCUCGACAGAGGCUUCAAAGUUCACAGUAGGAAAUUUCAUCGCUGGCGGUUCUUGGCUGCCUGCCACCGGGGUGCCAUACACUUCUGGCCUCUAAAUUCGGGCAGACAUCCCUAUUCUUUUUUGGUUCUUAUUCAUUCAUAAAUGUCAUUUCAUAAGUUUGGGCUAAAGAAGAAUAACGAGUAUCCGAAGGUCAUUUGCCUAGCACAUAAAUAAGUGCCACGUGUACAUGAUCGAGGGAAGAAACAAAGUACCAUGUGUACAUAAGUCAUAAAACGCUUCUCUUCUCUGCAAGUAGAGUUGCUAUUCUUUGUGUAUUUGCAUCAAAUAAAAGGAUUUCAGUCUUUGUCAGUUCCAUGUUA